UCUGGUUUUUUUUUCAUCGUCGCGUGUCUGUGACGUCAUCUUUAAGCUCACACAGUGUGGCUGGCUGACAGGUAAUAAGCCACACACACGUUUACAGCUGAAUUUAAUGCUGUCGGGACAAUCGCUCUUCGCCUCUUUAACCACAUAAGAUGUCUUCACUUCUCAAGGUGGACAAUGAAAUUAAAACAAAGGUUGAUGCUUUCAGGGAACGUAUCACUUCAGAAGCAGAGGAUCUAGUUGCAAAUUUUUUCCCAAAGAAGUUGCUGGAACUUGAUCACUUCUUAAAGGACCCGAUCAUAAACAUCACGGACCUAAAGGAAAUCCACUCUGAGAUAAACUUGUCGGUGCCAGACCCCAUCCUGCUCUCAAACCUGCACGACGGGCUAGAAGCGCAAAAUGCCAAAAAGAGAAAGCUGGAGGAUGGAAGUGGGGAUGACAUGGUGACCGGCACCAAGGUCUUCGUCAUGCCCGGUGGGAUGAUGAAGAGCAACGGGAGCCUUGUUGACCUUAUUGAAAAGGUCAAACCAGAGAUCAGGACGCUCAUAGAGAAAUGUAACACAGUGAAAAUGUGGGUUCAGCUGCUCAUCCCCAGGAUAGAGGACGGCAACAACUUCGGCGUGUCAAUCCAGGAGGAGACGGUAGCUGAACUCAGAACAGUUGAAGGAGAGGCGGCGUCUUACCUCGACCAGAUAUCCAGAUACUACAUCACAAGGGCAAAGCUGGUUUCUAAAAUAGCAAAAUAUCCACACGUGGAGGACUAUCGGCGCACAGUAACUGAGAUUGAUGAGAAGGAAUACAUCAGUCUGAAGAUCAUAGUUUCUGAGCUCAGAAAUCAAUACGUAACGUUACACGACAUGAUCCUGAAGAACAUUGAGAAGAUCAAGAGGCCUCGAAGCAGUAACAGCGACGCCUUGUACUGAUGUUCAUCCAGCCGCCUCCUCCACCCCCCUGUCCCCCACCAGCUUCCCUCUGUCUCCCUGCCUGUUGACCUGCAGUCGCCCCGGUCCUGAUCCGGGUCCUGAUCCGGGUCCUGAUCCGGGUCCUGAUCCGGGUCCCGGCCCCCCGGACUCCAACUAGACAUUCACCUCCUUCAGUACAAUCACCACAGCCCAGUACAGAAACAUUAGCUUCCAUAGAUGGACACAUCGCACAUGGUUUUGUUUUAAAUGUAAAAUAUUUUUCUUGUUUUAAAAAACCCUUUGAAGGAAAACGGGGAGAUAGACCAUAGUCAACAAAAAGCGCUAUGUAUUUUUUAAUUUUAAUUAAACAUUUCGUCCUCAGAUCGUUGUGACAUUGUUUCAUUUAUUGCUCUUCAAAAAAACUGAGAAAGUGAAAGUUUUCUGCAGAUGUUCUAUUAUAUAAUAAAGUCGUAACUCAGAAAUACUGAGCAGGUUUUAGGUCUACAGGCUUAUUAGUUUUCAGUGAAAAUUCAUGAGUCAUCACAGCAUCUUUUAUGUUGAGGCAUCGAUUCUACUGAAUAAAACGUUUUUUGAUAAGAGAAUAA